AAGAAUUUUUUUUCUUUUUUAGAGCGGUUUUCCAGUAUCGGAAAACCGCUCUUCCCACAAAGAAAAUUCAUCUCUUCUUCCCUGAAGAUUGAGAAGUCAAUGUUUGUGUUAUAUAAAUUCAUCAUCUUGUAAAUAGGUUAUUUUUUAUCUUUCUUUCUCAAAUUGUAUCGAAUGGUUAUGUUUAUCUACUAUAACAUUUCCAAAUCCCCUUUAACAUCAUUUCAUAUUGCGUAAUAUCUGCAUGCAUAAAGGAAGUAUCACUAUUUCAGGUUUUAAAUUGGGUAUUUAUUCCCAAUUUAAAGCUGAAAAAUUAGUUUUUUCUACUCAAUAUAUAAGCAAUCAUUUCAAGAAGAAAUAUGAAGGAAGCUGAAGAUAUGUUUUUAUGUCCUAAACCUGGUGAAUGGGUAAAAGGCAAAAUGGUUGGAUGGGGAUCAUUUGGCACGGUUCAUUUGGCUAUGAACAAAUCCACAGGGGGACUUUUUGUUGUGAAAUCUGCCGAAUCACAAGCAGCACUCGAUUCUCUUGAGCAUGAAGCUAAUAUUCUUGAAAAUUUGAGUUCCCCACAUAUAGUAAAGUGCAUUGGAAGAGAAAACUUCAAAGGAGUGAAUGGUGACAAAAAGCUCAAUCUUUUCAUCGAGUAUAUGGCUGGUGGUAGUUUGGCAGAUAUCGCGGAUAAAUUUGAAGGGGUUUUGGAUGAAAGAAUGGUUCGUUUAUACACGAGGGAAAUUCUCAAAGGCCUUGUAUAUCUCCACAACAAUGGGGUGGUACAUUGUGAUUUAAAGUGCAAGAAUGUGCUUCUAAGUUCAUCUGGAAACAUCAAAAUUGCAGAUUUUGGGUGUGCAAAAAGGCUAAAUGGCUCCAAGAUUAAUAGCAGUUCAGUGGAAUCUUUAAAAUCUAUUUGUGGGACUCCAUUGUGGAUGGCUCCUGAAGUUUUGAGAAAACAAGAGAUAGAUUAUACAUCUGAUAUAUGGUCACUAGGCUGCACAGUCAUUGAAAUGGCUACAGGGAAACCUCCAAAAUGGGGUGAUGAGAUUUUGAAUCCGAUGUCUGCAAUGUUCAAGAUUGCAUGUAGCAAUGAGACACCAAAGUUUCCAAAAGGUUUCUCCAAAGAUGGUUUAGAUUUCUUACAUAAAUGUUUUGAGAGGGACGUGAAAAAGAGAUGGACAAGUCAGAAAUUGCUUCAACAUCCUUUUGUUUCUAGUAAAUUAGAGCAGAUAAAUGCAGAAAAUGUGGAAGUACUUUCGCCUUCAAGCGUUCUGGAUGUUGGUCUAUACGAGGUUGAUGAGGAUGAUAUCGUGUCACAAGAACCAAUUUGCAAAAGAGAGAUCAAUAGGAGGAUUCCAUUUACCAUGAGGAACUCUGGAGAAAGAGAUUAUUUGUCAAAUAGACAUAGUACAAACAAUCUCAUUGCUUCAUCUGGAAAUUGGAUCACUGUUAGAAUUAACUAA